ACGACUUAGAUGAUACACAUUUUGUAACGGCUUGGAUUCAAAUAGGGUCAAAAUUAUGAGAUUUCGGGAAAAAUUUCCUUCAUGGUCAAAAAUUGAAUCCUUAAACAAUAAGCAUCGUUGCAUUUAGUUUACUUUUUAGGGUUGAUUCAUAUAAUUAUUGUAUUAAAAUAUCUAAUUUGGAAGAUUUUGAGCUAGAUAGAGACAAAAUUCUGAAGUCUGUUACUUUUGAGGAUCUUCUUUUAUCUGCUUGCUUAUUUGCUGAAGUUGAUUCUAUGAUCAUAUAGGUAAAUGGGGUCUGAAACUGAUCAAAAGAUCCGUAUCAUAUAGGCAGAUGGGGUUGGAAUUCGAUCAUGAGAUUAAGAUCAUGUAGCUAAAUGGGGUGGGAAGUUGAUCAUUAAAUUAAGGUCCAACGUGAUGACUAAGCUUGGAUGAUUGAGUUAGACAGAGCAAUGAAUGUGGGUGAUCUUCACAAGGUUUGGGAAAUCAAAGCCUUGAAAAAGCCAGGGGAGGAAGAAGCAAGGAAGAUUCUUGAGAAUGUUGCCAAACAGGUCCAACCCAUUAUGCGUAACCACAAAUGGCGUGUCAAGCUUCUUACUGAGUUCUGCCCCAAAAAUCCAUCUCUUCUGGGACUGAAUGUAGGAGGAGGUAUUCAAGUAAAGUUGAGGCUUCGAAGGCCAAAUAAAGACUGGGAAUUUUUCCCCUUUUAUCAAAUUCUUGAUACCAUGCUUCAUGAGCUUUGCCACAAUGCUCAUGGCCCUCAUAAUGCCAACUUCUACAAUCUUUGGGAUGAACUUAGAAAGGAAUGUGAGGACCUAAUGUCUAAGGGAAUAUCUGGCACGGGCCAGGGGUUUGAUCUUCCCGGGAGGCGUUUGGGUGGGUUUACCCGCCAACCAUCUCUUUCUUCACUUCGUUCAACUGCACUAUCUGCUGCAGAAAAGAGAAGCCGUAUGAAUUCUCUUCUACCGUCUGGACCAAAGCGUCUUGGUGGAGAUAGCACAAUUAUGGUUGCGCUUAGUCCAGUACAAGCUGCUGCUAUGGCUGCAGAAAGGAGAUUACAGGAUGACAUUUGGUGUGGAUCUGUGUCUUGUGACGCUUCUGAGUGUGGAGAAAGUAGCUCUGAUAAACCAGAGGACCUUUCACAUGUCAAGCAAACUGCAGGAAUCUCAAAGGUUCAUAGCACUUCUAGUGCUUACGCCUCAGACUCAAUAUCUCGAAAAAGAAGCCGCGAAUCCAGUAACUUUUCCCCAGCUCAUCCUCCUAAUGGCCACUCACAAUCUAAUUUUAUUGAUUUAUCACCUUCAGGGUUCAACUCUGAUCGUGAUUCAGAACAUAACACACAGGAAACUACUAUGUGGGGAUGUGAAACAUGCACUUUGUUGAAUCCACCAUUGGCUCCAAUAUGUGAGGUAUGUGGGACACCAAAGCCAAGGGACAUGAGUAACAAAUACAAAGUUUGGUCCUGUAACUUGUGUACUUUGGAAAAUAGUGUGAAGUUGGAUAAAUGUUGUGCAUGUAGUCAGUGGAGAUACUCACAUGGUCCACCUGUGGCAUCCCAACCACCUAACCUGGGCACCUAAAAUGGUAAAGUCCCUUCUCUUUUUCGGUCCUUAAAACCGUAGUUUUCCAAGUUGGUGUACCUUAUAGUCUCCAUAGGGGUGGCUUUCCAUUCGAUAGAACACUUUUUUGGUAAGGGGCUUCUCUUUCUUUCUGGGAGCAUCAUUCUAUUACUUGUGAAUAUAAUGUAAAGAAAUAUUGUUGAGCAAGUUAAGCAAAGGGCUGCAAAAUUUGUAUGGAUCCUCAGUUUUCAUAUCCACUAGGACAUCAUUUUCUCUGCUCUUUUAACUGUUAGCUGAAAUAUGUUUUUGUACUGCUGUAAAAGCAGCCAAGAACAGAUGACACUGCAUCUGGUUUUGUUUUGUUUUGGCAAAGUUUGCUUAAUCACUCUAAAGAAGUAGCUCGAAUAGUUCGAGUCCCUCUAUUCGAGUCCAAGAAUGGGUACCUAUAUGGCAAUUAUUAAAAUUUUAUGGUGUUUAAAUAUUGUAAGACUAGAUGGGUAUUCUAAUU